ACCUGAAGUUCUUGCGAUUCUUUUAAUAUCAUUUUUCGUCUAAGAUAUUAAUCCAAGAGCUUCGCAGAUAAUGCCAGAAAGUGCAUUACUCGCUUCUUUGGCAGAUAAUCCUUACUUCUCUGCCGGUUUUGGCCUGGUCGGCGUGGGAACGGCGCUCGCAGCUCUUCGAAAAGGUAGCCAGUACGCGUUCAUUGCGUUCAGAAGGCAUGCCAUGAUAACAUUGGAAGUUCCCAGCAAAGAUCGUAGUUUUCAAUGGUUGCUACAGUGGAUCACUUUGAACGCUAGAAAAGCUCAACAUCUUAGCGUCGAAACGACUUUUCAUCAAAACGACACUGGAAAAAUCAACACCAAAUUUGAUUUCAUACCAAGUCCUGGUACGCAUUUUUUCAAUUACAAGAAUCAUUGGAUAAGAGUAGAAAGAUCGAGAGAGAAAGGUAUGCUUGACCUGCACAUGGGCACACCUUGGGAGACUGUCACUUUGACAUCAUUAGGAUGGAAUCGUGAGCUAUUUUUUGAGAUCCUAGCUGAGGCUCAGAAAAUGGCGUUAUCACGAGAGGAGGGAAAGACUGUGAUGUAUAUUCCAAUGGGUGCAGAAUGGAGACAAUUUGGCUUUCCUAGGCGAAGACGACCUCUGGAUUCAGUCGUCCUGGCUGAUGGUAUUGUGGAAAGAAUUUUACAUGAUAUCAAGGACUUUAUUGGUUCACCUAGAUGGUAUAUGGAUCGAGGAAUUCCCUAUCGGAGAGGCUAUCUACUCUACGGACCUCCUGGCUGUGGGAAAACUAGUUUCAUCCAGGCUCUCGCAGGUGAACUGGAGUACAGCAUUUGUGUGAUGAAUUUGAGCGAUCGUAGUCUUUCUGACGAACGUUUAAAUCAUUUGAUGAGCAUCGCUCCGCAGCAAAGUAUCAUAUUGUUGGAGGAUAUUGAUGCAGCGUUCGUGAAGAGAGACGAUGUGGAAAAAGCUGGACAAAACAUGUAUAUGAACAGGGUCACUUUCAGUGGUCUUCUCAACACUCUGGAUGGCGUCGCAUCAACGGAAGAAAGGAUUGUUUUCAUGACAACUAACUAUCUCGAAAGACUAGACCCAGCCCUCAUUAGACCCGGUCGUGUCGAUAUCAAACAGGAAAUAGGUUAUGCGGAUGCUGACCAAAUAGAGCGCCUUUUCGCACGAUUUUUCCCCCAAGAGUCGCCAAAAAAUGCAAGCAGAUUUGCUCGCAAUGUUUGUGAUUUUGGAGAAGCGAAAAGCAUUGCUCAAAUUCAGGGAUACUUCAUGUUGUAUAAAAAUAACGCAGAUGCUGCAAUGAACAAUAUACUAAGUUUAAAAGAUUAGAGAAAAGAAUUAUUUUUAAUGAAAGAGAUCGAUAAUGAACUAUUUUUGUUAGGUAAUGUUCGUGAUGGAUAAUAGGGGUUGGUGUUGUAUAUUUUUUUUAGGUAAUGUUUAUUUUGGAUAAUAGUGUGUGGUAAUAGAUAUUUCUUUGAAAAUCACUACGAAUUGUUAGUCAAAGACACGCUAUCGAAGUAAGGUUUAUCGGGUAUAAAACCAUUUCCAAUUCUGCAAAAAGACAUGAUGUUUCAACAUAUUGGGGUGAAAAAACAGUUUAGAAGAUUAGUAAUAUUUACCACUUUAAUAAUUUAAUGAUUAAUAAACGUGUCAAAAAUGGCGGGAAACCCGUCAA